CUCCGGGCCCUUCGCGGUUGCGCCAACAGCUAGAGGCUAGUAGCAAAGCUUUUUGACAACAAUAACAUCCAGCACAUCUGCAUUUCUACCUGCCCGAUCACAGGACCUGACAUCCAGACAAGCACGAGGAGCUGUGCUUGGGACUGCAUCGCGCCCUGUGAGUGUCUUGUGCUGGGGAUGUGAGCGAAGAAGUCUGCGGGUCUGCACGGCUCUUUUCUGCAGGAGCACAAACAACAACCAUGGCUGGCCAGCUAGGCCGCGGCUGGAUUUGCCAGCGAGAAACAGCCAUUUGUUGAUAUAAAAUACUGGAUGCGAUCUCUGUUUGCUUUGAGAAAGUGGAGCUGAGACGCGAACCUUUAGAUUUCACUCUUCUUCUUUGGAGUAUGUUGUUCUUUCGGGGCAUCACAGGACGUCGCUGAGCCGCUAGCUUCUCAACCUUGACUGGUUGACAGCUUGCCAUCGUAGCUAGCUGCGUUAGCCUGCUAACUGUAGUUAGCCACUGGUUUGCUCGACCAGACAUCCUGAUAAAAAGAACUGCAAGGGGAACUUUUUCUCGCAGGAGCGAAACAAAAACUGUGCCCGGCAUCAAUUUUACAGUGAAUUUAUUUCGCAGCGUUUGUUGAAUGAAUGUGGGACAAAAUGGAGACCCCGACGAUUGUGUACGAUCUGGAUACCUCUGGGGGAUUAAUGGAGCAAAUCCAAUCCCUGCUGGCACCUCCGAAGUCUGAAGAAGUUGAGAAAAGGAGUCGGAAGUUGGUCAGAGAUGUCAGGAGGAGCGGCCGAGCCACAAAUCAUGACACCUGCGACAGCUGCCGUGAAGGGGGAGACUUGUUGUGCUGUGACCACUGCCCUGCAGCCUUCCACCUCCAGUGCUGUAACCCACCUUUGAGUGAAGAAAUGCUUCCCCCAGGAGAGUGGAUGUGCCAUCGCUGCAAUGUUCGGAAACAGAAGCGAGACCAGAAGUCAGAACAGACCAAUGGUCUACCUGACAAGUCGUCGUCUAAGCGCUGUGCAUCUCCAGCUGUUGAGCUGGAACUCAACACAGGCCCGCUGAGACUCGACGGGUUGCCUCCAGGAGCCGGAGCAGCAGGGCCCGGUCUGCGGGUAGCACAGGUACGCCUCUUAGACCGCAGGACCAGCAGCAGACCGAGCAGCCGGCCGGGGACUCCAACCUCCAACACUUCAUCCACACCCACCCUGUCAGAGGAUCAGAACGACGGCGAGGAAGACACAGCUGAGCCGGAGGACGAUAUUCAGGGUGGAGAAGUAGACAGUCCUGUGCUGUCUGCACCUCCACGCCUCCUCAAAAGGCCUUUUCAGCUUCUCAUAGCAGCUGCCAUGGAGAGAAAUCCCACACAGUUCCAGCUGCCCAGCGAGCUCACUUGCACCACUGCACUACCAGGCAGCAGUAAGCGGAGAAGAAAAGAGGAGCUGCUCGGGAAGCCAUUCAGAAGGCCUCAGCAUGAGUUAGAUCCCAACGGUCUUGUUCCUCUGCCAGUUAAAGUCUGUUUUACAUGCAACAGGAGUUGCAGGUUGGCUCCCCUGAUCCAAUGUGAUUACUGCCCCCUUCUGUUCCACAUGGACUGUCUUGACCCCCCACUCACAGCUUACCCAGCUGGAAAAUGGAUGUGUCCAAACCAUGUGGAGCACAUAGUGCUGAAUCAGAGGACUCUGAGCCUGUCCAGCCGCUGUCAGCUUUUUGAUCAGUUCCAGGACCGAAUGUCUCAACAUGCCGUCAAAUUGCACUUCCUGCGAACAGUCCAUCGUCAGAACACUCCUAACCGGCGAAGCACACACCCACAGAGCAAGAAGAGCAUCAAGGUGCCUGAUGCCAUCAAAGCACAGUACCAGAAUCCUCCCUCCAUUCUGCUUCCUGCUGGGGUUCGUCAGUUGGAACUUGUUUGUGGUGGAAUUCCUGACUCUCCACCCUCAAAGCACCUCACCACAGAGGCAGAACAGCAGGAGUGGCUUAAGGAUGUCAUCACACUGCAGUGCAGCAUCAUGCGACAUCUGUGUAUCAAACACAAGAGCAUGUCCCCCGAACCAUCAGCAGAGUCCGACUCCAGCAAACCAUGUGUGACACCGGAAGACACUAAAGUGCACACCUCUUUGGAAAGGACUUCACCAGAAGCCUGCUUCAAACCCUGCAAUACAACUGAUGAGCCUCAGAUGGCUUCUCUUUCCAGGGACCACUCCAUAGAGCUGGAUGGAUGUGAAUGCAACAUGACACCAUGUCAGAACUGUCGAAAACCUAACGGACCUCUAGUAGGAGUUAAGGUUUCAAAAGCCAACGGGUCUGUAGACUGUAAGAGUGCUUUAGACUCCUCCAGGCAGGCUGAGCUGCAGCACAGACUCCAUCCUGCUGCUGCACCUUCAGGCAGUGCUCCUCCCUCCAGCCUGCUCAAUCACAUUGGAGCAGAAGUGGUCAAAAAGGAGCCCGACAACACAGCAGAGCCCUGUCUCCAAAAAAACUGCUCCACUUCUUCCAUGGUAUGGUCCCUCAGCAGCCAAAAAAACCACGACAGCAGCAACGAUGCAAAGCUGUUUCACUCUCCCACCAGCACUUCUGUAUCGGACAUUCUUCCUAAAGAGCCGCAGGAGCUGUCCACGUCCAAACAUGACUCUUCUCCUCAAGAAACAAAGACCAGACCUGUACAGAUAGACUCUCUGGUGCCUGCUGCCUCCUCGUCACUCGUCGACCUGUCCAGCUGCAUCAAGGAUGGAAAAGAAGAUGCUGGGAUUGAGCUGGAUAAACUGGACACGGAGAUGAUCAAACUGCUGGCCUAUCAGAGGAUUAAACAGCUGUUCCCUCCCCAAGUGCAGAGCACUCCGUCUCUCCCCUCUCCUACUGCAGUCCCCAGAACGUGCCCAUCCACCCCUGACACUCAGAAGAAGGUGCAGGCCCGAGCCGUCUUCUACCCUCUGACAGGAAAAGGAGGAGCUGUCAACAUGUGUUACAGGACACUAUACCUGGGCUCUGGUGCUGACAUGGACGUGUGCCUUACAAACUAUGGUCACUGCAACUACAUAUCGGGAAAACACGCCUGUAUUUUCUACGAUGAGAAUACCAAACAUUACGAACUGCUUAACUACAGUGAGCACGGCACUACAGUGGACAACGUGCUGUACUCCUGUGACUUCUCUGAGAAGGCCUCUCCUUCUCCACCCAGUUGCCUCGUGGCUAAAGUUCAAGGCAUCGUCCGACGCAGUAAAAGGCGUGAGGAGGACAACAGCUGUCUGAGCUCCAUGGUGGGGCUGUUACCAGCCGGUGGAGUGAUGAGCAGCCAGUGUCGGGGUGCCGCUGAACAGACGUGCAGCUGCAAGGCCAGCAGCUCCAGCCUGAUCGGAGGCAGCGGGGCAGGUUGGGAGGGCACGGCCCUGUUGCACCAUGGGAGCUACAUCAAGCUGGGCUGCCUCCAGUUUGUCUUCAGCAUCACUGAAUUUGCCAGUAAGCAACCCAAAGAGGAGCACGUUAGCACACGGAUUACUACUGCCAGUUGCACAAACACCAGCAGCAGCUUGGCGACCACUGCCUCCAGCACUCCUCACUCUCCUCCACCGCUCAGCACUGCCGCAAAACCCUCGAGCCAGGACGAGGCUGACUCUGUUCCUCCACACCAAGUGCCCGUACUGCGCUCCAACUCUGUUCCAUAACACAGGAAAGCCCACUUUAGUUUUGCACCUUCCAAGCCACAAUGAAGGGAAAGCUGCACAGCUGGUUGGUCAACAGGGAAAAGUUUUUUUUUUUCUUUUUUCAUGGUUUAUAUCUUUGCAUGAAGUUGAAGUAUUAUGGACAAUCUUUUCUGUUUGUGAAUGACUGAUAGGCCUCUUGUGUUCACUUCAGCCUGUUUUGACUUGGAGUGGACAUUAAUUAGCAGUGCUUCUUUUCUCUAGCAGUGUUAGUUUUGGUGUAACCUCACUGUGUCAGUCAGUUCAUUUAGCACAAACUUUUUUUUGUAGUAUUAAAUUCCAUACAUUCUCAUUUCCUUUGCUGCUUUUGCACCACAGGUAGCUAUAUAUGUAUGACAAGAUACAUGCUUAUAUACUGUGUGUGUGUGUGUGUGUGUGUGUGUGUGUGUGUGUGGUGUGUGUGUGUGGUGUGUGUGUGUGUGUGUGUGUGUGUGUGUGUAAAUAUAAUUCAGUGCCUCUCAAUUGGAGAAACAUUGGAUUUUAUGUAGAUUUGCCCUUUUUUUUUGGGGGGGGGGGGUUGUGUUAAUGUACAGUUCAUGAAAUUUGUUAUACUGUGUAGAGUACCAGAAGUUUUGUGAUAAAACUUGUUCUUAGUGCGUAUUUUCUGCAAUAGCCCACCUGUAAAUAUCACAUUGUUUUAGCACUCAUUUUAACAUUUCGUGCUGCUCUGUAUAUAAGCAUUCUUUGUCUGUACUGGCUUGUCUGUUCAAACUUGUAAAUGCAAUGAUUUUCUAAUAACAAAUGCCACAGAUUCCUGCGUUCUUGUCUUUUGGGUUUUAAUGGACAUUCUCUCAUCGUGUGACUGAAAUGAAAACACCUCAGUCUUUUUGAAAUGGUUUCUGCUGCUGAAAACUGAGACAAUAGCAACAUUUAUAAUUCCAUUGACAAUAUCCUUCCUUUGUAAAAUGUAAUUUUGUGUUGUGACAAAUGGUUUGGUUUCUAAAUGUUCCACUUCAUAAGCUAAUCUUGAUUAAUAACACAACAUACUGACAAAUUGAAGAAGUGACUGACAUAGAGGGAACAGACCACUGGCUGCAAAAGGCAGGACUGAGAGAACAGCGGCUCUGAUCAUGGCUGCACAAGAACAGGCCCUAAACAGCAGAUCAAUAGAGGCCGGCGUGGACCAGACUAGACCAGACCCCAGAACCAGACUGAGACAGGAAGUCCUGAAACAGUACAGACCGUCACAGCAGGGGGCCAGAUGCUGCAAGAAAGACCUGGAACCAGAACCAGGCUGAGGCAGAGUUCACAGAAACAUCUGUGGAGAGGACGGACUGGAGAACAUAGUCUGAAUCUUGAAGCCCUACAGAUUCUGGUCUUCUAACUGGUGAUGACCAAUCAGCCUGACAUAGUGGUGGAGAACCAGGAGAAGAGAGCAGUAGUGAGGGCGUAGCAACCCCAGUGACAGAGCGUAUGGAAGGAGGAAGAGGAACCGCUGGAGAACCACCAAGGACUGAGGAGCAGCUGGAGAUGUGGGCUGUGAAGGAGCAGUGGUCCAGUAGUGAUGGGGGGAGGGGCAGGAACCCCCCAGUUGUGUUUUGAAAAUCAAACUGAAGUCAUUCAAUGCAGAGAAUUGCAUUUGUGGUUAAAUGUAACUACUAAUUGCAACUCGCUGUACUCCGCUCAAAAAAAAAAAAAAAAAAAAAACUUCCUUCAGUCCUCCUUCAGUCACAUUAUUUA